GCCGAGGCUCGGGAGCCUCCGAGCGACCGGCCCGCGGUCGCGCCGGUGCCUGGCCCCGACGCCCGUCUCCCCGCAGAGCUCCAUGAACCUGCCCCCGGAUAAGAUGAAGCUGCUCAACCAGUACGACAACGAGAAGAAAUGGGAGCUCGUCUGCGACCAGGAGCGGUUCCAGGUGAAGAACCCGCCGGCCGCCUACAUCCAGAAGCUGAAGAGCUACGUGGACACGGGCGGCGUGAGCAGGAAGUUCAAGAGGCGAGCGCAGGAGUCGACGCAGGUGCUCCGGGAGCUGGAGAUCUCCUUGCGCACCAACUACAUCGGCUGGGUCCAGGAGUUCCUCAACGAGGAGAACAAGGGGUUGGACGUGCUGCUCGAGUACCUGGCCUUCGCCCAGUGCGCCGUCGCGUACGACAUGGAGAACGCGGAUAACGGGAGCCCCGGUUCGGACAAGGGCAAAUCCCUGGAGCGUUCGGUGGAAGACCUGAGCAAAAGCAACUCGUCGUCCCCGACGCAGGGCUCCUCCAAAGCGCGGCACCUCACCGUCAGGCUCAACCCCGCGCACAGCAGGAAGGCGCUGAGGAACUCGCGCAUCGUCAGCCAGAAGGACGACGUGCACGUCUGCAUCAUGUGCCUCCGCGCCAUCAUGAACUACCAGUCUGGCUUCAGCCUCGUGAUGAACCACCCGGCCUGCGUCAACGAGAUCACGUUGAGCCUCAACAACAAGAACCCGAGGACCAAGGCGCUCGUCCUGGAGCUGCUGGCCGCUGUGUGCCUGGUUCGAGGCGGCCACGACAUCAUCCUCGCCGCCUUCGACAACUUCAAGGAGGUCUGCGGCGAGAAGAACCGCUUCGAGAAGCUGAUGGAGUAUUUCCGAAACGAAGACAGCAACAUCGACUUCAUGGUCGCCUGCAUGCAGUUCAUCAACAUCGUGGUGCACUCGGUGGAGAACAUGAACUUCCGCGUGUUCCUGCAGUACGAGUUCACCCACCUGGGGCUGGACGAGUACCUGGAGAAGCUGCGUCUCACGGAGAGCGACAAGCUGCAGGUGCAGAUCCAGGCCUACCUGGACAACGUCUUCGAUGUGGGUGCCAUGCUGGAGGACACGGAGACCAAGAACGCCGUGCUGGAGCACAUGGAAGAGCUGCAGGAGCACAUCGCCCAGCUGACGGAGAAGCUGCAGGAUGCGGAGAACGACUCCAUGGCCAAGAUAGCGGAGCUGGAGAAGCAGCUGAGCCAGGCGCGCCGGGAGCUGGAGGCGCUGCGGGAGCAGCUGAGCCCGCCGCGGCCGCCCAGCCCGCCGCGGCCCCACGACUCGUACCGCCUGGCCCUGGAGCGCCGGCUGGCCGAGCUGGAGGAGAAGGGCUUGGUGCACAUCCUGCGGGGGCCCGACGGCGACGUCGCCAUCGAAAUCGUCCCCGUCGUCAUAGAAACCGCUGCGGCCCCCGUGGGGACUGGAGGCAGCGGCGGCGGCGGCGACGCAGAUGCUCCGGCUCCGCCGCCGUGUCCCCUGCCAGCGCUGCCUGCCACCCCGCCGCCGCCGCCGCCGCUGCCCGAGGCCGGUCCCCCGGCCCCCUUGGUGCCCCCCGCGCCCCCACUGCCCGCCGCUGUCCCGCCACCACCUCCCCCUCCACUGCCAGGUGCCGCUGUACCCCCCCCACCGCCACCGCCGCCGCCGCCGCCCCCCACGGGGCCGGACGGGCCCGUCUCCCCGCCGCCGCCGCCACCGCCGCCCCUCGGUGGGGAGCCCCCAUCCGGGCUGGAUGCACCCCCCGCCGCUGGUUCAGUGAAGGUGAAGAAACCGAUCCAGACCAAGUUUCGCAUGCCCGUCUUCAACUGGGUGGCGCUGAAACCCAGCCAGAUCGAUGGCACCGUCUUCACCGAGCUCAACGACGAGAAGGUGCUGCAGGAGCUGGACAUGAGUGACUUUGAGGAGCAGUUCAAGACCAAGGCCCAGGGCCCCGGCCUGGACCUCAGUGCCCUCAAAGCCAAGGCCACGCAGAAGGCCCCAAGCAAGGUGACCCUCAUUGAGUCUAACCGGGCCAAGAACCUGGCCAUCACCCUCCGCAAGGGUGGCCGCAGCAUCCAGGACAUCUGCACAGCCAUCGAGACGUAUGACCAGCAAGCCCUGAGCCUUGACUUCUUGGAGCUGCUGCUGCGCUUCCUGCCCACUGAGUAUGAGCGGACACUCAUCUCCAAGUACGAGCGGGACCAGCAGCCGGCAGAGGAGCUCUCGGACGAGGACCAAUUCAUGAUCAGGUUCAGCAAGAUCCCACGCCUGGCUGAGCGCAUGAACGUCAUGAUCUUCUUGGGCAACUUUGGCGACACGGCCCAGCUGCUCAUGCCGCAACUCAACGCCAUCAUCGCCGCCUCCAUGUCCCUCAAGUCCUCCACCAAGCUGCGCAACAUCCUUGAGAUCGUCCUGGCCUUUGGGAACUACAUGAACAGCAGCAAGCGCGGGGCGGCCUACGGCUUCCGGCUGCAGAGCCUUGACGCGCUGCUGGAGAUGAAGUCAACAGACCGGAAGCAAACGUUGCUGCAUUACUUGGUGCGGGUGAUCAUGGAGAAGUACCCGGAGCUGACCGGCUUCCACACCGAGCUGCAUUUCCUGGACAAGGCGGGCACAGUGUCCCUGGACAGCGUGCUGCAGGACAUGCGGAGCCUGCAGCAGGGCAUGGAGCUGACCCGCAAGGAGUUCAUGCGGCAGGACGACAGCCUCGUGCUCAAGGACUUCCUCAAGGCCAACUCGGAGGUGAUGGAGAAGCUGCAGGCUGACAGCAAGACCGCCAAGGAGGCGUACGAGUCGGCCGUGGAGUACUUCGGGGAGAACCCCAAGACCAGCCCGCCGACCACGUUCUUCCCCAUGUUCGUGCGCUUCAUCAAAGCCUACAAGAAAGCAGAGCAGGACAUCGAGCUGUGGAAGAAACAGGAGGCCGCGGCCAAAGAGGCAGAAUUGAGCCCCGCCGGCGGCGAGGACCAGUUGGACGCAAAGUCGCCCAUCCAGAAAGCCAGGCGGCAGCAGAUGGACAUGAUCGCUGAGCUGAAGAAGAAGCAGAUGGUGAAGGAGCCCCUCAUUUACGAAGGAAAAGACGGUGCCAUCGAGGAUAUUAUUUCAGAUCUGCGGAACAACCCCUACCGGCGCGCCGACAAGGGCCGCGGCAGCGCCAAGAAACGGGCUGCUGGGCAGAGCCUGCAAGUGAUGCCCGACAUGUCGCUGUGACCGGUGCCGGUGUCCCCCCCGCCCUGCUCCCAGCCACCUCCUGCCUCCCCGGAGCUGCCGGGACCCCGACGGGGCCCGUCCUCCCACGGCAGCUGGGACCUGCGCGGGGUUUGAACCGGGCCGGCCGGUCAUGGAGCCGGGGGGGGGGGGGGUGGGGAAUGGCGCCCGCUCCAUGAGCUGCUCCACGCGCCAGCCCUGCGAUGGGGCGCAGGGACCCCCCCCAACCCCACCACCACUACCCCCCCGGCGCUUGCUUCGCUCCUCCAGGCUGGCAGGGCCGGGGGGGACCCUCGCGGGGACUGCGGGUGGUGGUGGUGGGGAGCACAGACAGGGGGGUCGUCCCCCCCUCCCCCCCCCCCCCGGCGCAGGAGGCGAGGAGGGCUCGAGGCAGGGACCCAGGGGGCCCCUCGCUGCCCUCCCCGGCCUCGCGGAGACCCUGUCAAUGCCCGAUGGUCUCCCUCUGCGGCGCGGAGCCUGCUGCCAAAAUCCCACCCUGGGCUCCGCACGCGUGGCCCGGAGCUGGCAGGGGUGCUAAUUCACCAUAGUUUUUUUUAAUGUCUUCCUCAGAAUUUCUCUGUGCUAUGUACGACAGCAGGGGCUGGAGCACCUAUGAGUUAUGCAGGGUCUCAGCUGGCUCCUAAGGCUGGCUGUGGCGGGGAGCAGUGGUGGCCUGUCCCUCGCCCCAGGGAGGCUCCACAGCUACAACAACAACCAUCACAGUUAAAAGGGGUGUGUGUGUGUGUGUGGGGGGGGGGGGGGGUCCCCAUCUGUGAGAGGCUGCACGGCGGUACCUCACCCCGCCACGACGCGUCCGCCUCCGGGCUGGAGCCUCCGCGAGGGCCAGGAGCCCAAAGGCUGCGGGAGAGGGGUGGAGAGGCACAAAUCCCCCUCCACCCCCAGCAAAAGCACCGGACGUUGUCCCUCCUCUGCCCUGCUGCGUAUCAGUAAAUCAGAACUGGGCACUGCCGCAAUUAAAAAGCAGCUGCAGCUACUUGGUCCCAAACGGCCUCCCCGCCGCCCUCCUGCGAGGCCGCCCGGCUGCCGCGGCCGGUCGCGCCAGGCCCAGCUCUCAGACCACGGGCCGGCCUCUUUCGAAGCCAGAGCAGCGAUUGCUUCCCGCUGUAAUUAAGAUGCUAAACGCCACCGGCUCGGUAUCACCUACACAAGCGCGACGGGGAGGGAAGGGAGAUGAAUUUAUACGAAUUAUAAAUUAUAUGAAUUAUAUGAACUUAUAAAUGCCUUUAAGCCAGCAGUGUAAAACAUUAACUGCUAAUUUGUAUACAUUAUUUUUAUAUACUGAGGGCAUGUUUAAGCUAUAGCAAAACUGAUAAUAAACCAAGUCCAAGGAUAAA